CGCCGCGCGCUCGGCCAUGGCCGCGCUGGCGCAGGGCGCCGCGGGGAAGUCGCUGCUGCUGAAGAUAGUGAUGGCCGGCGAGUCCUGCGUGGGGAAGACGUCCAUCGUGCGCAGGUACACGGAGCCCGCCGCGCCGCCCGCCGCCUUCUCCUCCGCCUCCUACCUGGCAACCAUCGGCAUUGAUUUUAAAGUAAAACCAGUAGUAUUUAAUGGUACCAGAGUAAAACUUCAAAUAUGGGAUACUGCUGGCCAGGAACGAUUCCAUACACUUAGUACUAGUUAUUUUCGUGGAGCACAAGGAUUUGUUCUUGUAUAUGACAUCACAAAUCUGGACAGUUUUCAAGGGAUAGCAAGCUGGAUGAAAGACAUACAUGAGAAAGCAGGUGAUGAAGUGGACGUAGUACUGCUGGGCAACAAGUGUGAUAAGGAAACAGAACGUGUCGUUCCAAAACAGAAAGGAGAAAAGCUUGCUUGGGAACAUGGAAUACAUUUUUUUGAAACCAGUGCUAAAGAUAAUGUCAAUAUUGAGGACGCAUUCUCAACCUUGACUAAGGAUAUCCUGGAAAAGAAAUCCUGUUUAUUAUAUGACUUAGAUGUUGUGGAUCUAAGUGAAAGUAAGAAGAGAACCUGCUGUGCAUUAUGAAAUACCAUUUCAUCUGUUAUUCUAUUUUCUCUUUAGAAAAUAUUGACGAAUGUGCAAAGGAUGGAUGUUAAAAGGGAGCCUUAGUCCCAAAAUACAAUAUUUGGGCAUCCUUUGCACUACACAAACUUGUCUGCCAAAUACUUUGAUAUUUUAUAUACUCUUUUCAUAAUUUUAAAAUGAAGUUAAAUUUGUAUGAGUUUUGAAUGUUACAGGAGGAGAAAUGUUUGCACAAAUUAGGUGUAUUAUUUUUUCA